AUGGGAUCUGUUGUGAUGAAAGAGACAACCACAGAACGAUGCUAUAUAGAUGAACGUAACAAGUUACAAAACAGAAGUAACAAUAACGUAACAACGCAGAGAAUUGACGUACCGUUAGAACACAAUAAAGCUCGAUAUGGUUCAGAAGUAAUCCGUCGCCAGAAAAGUUAUGCAGAUUCAAAGAGAAAAGAGAUAGAAUUUCAAGUUGGUGACUAUGUCUUUCUGAAAGUAUCACCAAUGAAGGGUGUUAUUCGUUUUGGAAAGAGAGGCAAGUUAUCUCCAAGGUAUGUGGGACCUUAUGAGAUUAUAGAGCGCAUCGGAGCGGUAGCAUAUAAAUUAGAUUUACCGCCAGAUAUGUCACAAGUUCAUCCGGUGUUUCACAUAUCGAUGCUGCGAAAAUAUAUCGCAGAUCCUUCUCAUGUGAUUCAACCACAAACUGUAGAGGUUAAUGAAGAACUUUCUUAUGAAGAGCAGCCUGUUGAGAUAGUAGAUACUCAACUACGGAAACUUCGUACUAAGGAGAUUCCUAUGGUGAAAGUGAUGUGGAGAAAUCAUUCUGUAGAGGAGUGUACGUGGGAGACGGAGGCGGAUAUGCGUCGGCGAUAUCCUUACCUGUUUUUACAAGGUACGUAG